GAGUGAAGGUUUGUUACUCCGCUCGAAAAAGGUGGGAGACCGUCAAAAUGACGAGGGCAGGAUCGAGUUGAGACGUGUCCCACAUCGUCUGAGACCGCCAGUCAGUGCGGAUAGGAUUGGGGUUUACAGACAGUCUAAACUCCAGGUCCAGAAGAGUUCAGCGAGUUUAUAGCAUCGAAGUGUCCAGUCCAUUUUGAUUUUAUUCAGUGGGUUGGUGGGGACACCACAAGGGUCUAGGCAAUUUGGUCGACUCCGGACACCUUUUCCAAUGAGCGUAAACCAUUUUUAUCUCGUCCUCUUGUCCGGACUGGCAGCUUCAGGCUUGUUCCCGGUCAGUGGGCUGAGGGUGGAAACGUCGGGGGAGGUGGAGGCAGUGAACGGUACAGAUGUGUGGCUGAAAUGUACCUUCCAGAGCAGCUCGCCCAUCACCCCAGCAACGCUCACGGUCUCAUGGAGCUUCCGACCCAUCGGACCUGGCCGGGAGGAGUCAGUGUUCUAUUACCAUGAGAGGCCUUACCCUCCCCCGGACGGGCGUUUCCAUAAGCGGGCGAUAUGGGCAGGUGACAUCAUGGGGUGGGACGCCACCAUCGUGGUACGUAAGGUCAAGUUCACUUACAACGGGACGUUCAGCUGCCAGGUGAAGAACCCUCCGGACGUCCAUGGCAACGCAGGGGAGGUGAAACUGACCGUGGUCACCACAGCCUCCUUCUCUGAGAUGAUCAUGCUUGCUGCAGCCAUCGGGGGCGCCAUCGUGCUGAUGGUCAUCUUCCUCGUCAUCAUCAUGUCAAUAAGACGAUGUCGCGAGAAGAGACGGGAGGAAGAGGGGGCGGAGGAACUACCUCGCAGACAGAGAAAGGACCCUACCGUGUGCCACCCUUCACGGGCCAUCCACCUGUAUGUGGACGAUGACGUGCUAGAGGUUGACAGCUCGGACGGUAUGAUCUCGGAGGCCAGCACCAAGGACCCCAGUUCCUCUGAGGAAGACGACAGGAGCUCUGACUACGGUGGAGGCGAUGACUCUGACUGAGAUGGGGACAGUGAAUGUUGGCUUUAUUCUAGGCGUUACCUCUAUGUGCUUGUGGUAAAACUUAAUCCACAGUUGUUUUUUUAAAACUAUUGAUCCUCCGUGGUGUAUUUUAAAAAUGGGUGGGCUCCUGGACUGCUGUGAUUGGAUAGAAUAUAUGCAGUUUAUAUACACUACAGUUCAAAAGUUUGGGGUCACUUAGAAAUGUCCUUGUUUUUGAAAGACAAACACGUUUUUUUGGUCAUUAAAAUAACAUCAAAUUGAUCAGAAAUACAAUGUAGACAUUGUUAAUGUUGUAAAUGACUAUUGUAGCUGGAAACGGUAGAUUUUUUAUGGAAUAUCUACAUAGGCGUACAGAGGGCCAUUAUCAGCAACCAUCACUCCUCCUUUAGCCCGAAUAGAAACAGUAUGCAUUUGCAUUUGUUUAAGCUGUUUUCUAGUGACAUUUGUUUGGAGACAUCCAUAACAGCGAGCUAAUGAGGCCCGAUUUCGCCUGGCAUAAAUAGAAAAUGUGCUCUCUUGUCAGGGAACUUUUGUUCAGAGGAGCUAGCCAACAGCACAGCUAACACUUCAAACUGAAGCUGAAAAGACUGCGAACUAACUGCACUUCGUUUCGUUUGACCUUUUUUCAAUUUACAUUUCUUUGUAUAUAUCCAUAAAGAAAUGAUGCCAGCUGAUUCAUGAUUUCACACGUUCAUUAUUAUGGAACAGCUGAAGAUCGAAUUUGAAUAUUGAAACAAUGUUGCAAAUGUCAGAGACAGACAUCAAGGAUUAUAGAAAUCUCUGCUAUUGAAAACUAAAUGUUAGUCUAAAAGACAUGUGAGAUAAUGUCCAGAUACUUUUUAUAGUGGAGUCAGUGGAUGUUUUUUACUGAUGAGACAGUGGAUUGCGCAGUCGGAUGGAACAGAGUAAAUAGGAAUUUUAACGCUAUAGAUUUAGCCGGUGAUAAUUUGUGGAAUAGACACCGGCUGGAAUGCGGUUUUAACCAAUCAGCAUUCCGGAUUAGACCCACCCGUUGUAUAAGUAAAUAUAAUGCAGGGGUUUACAGUGACUGAAGCCCCUGGGCCCAAGCCUAUGGAGGACCCAAGAGACAAAAAAACAUAGAUAUAGACAUUAUAUCAUAUAUAUUUUUUAUCCAACCGCAGGAGCCCACUCUCAAUGUUCAAAAUACACCAGAGAGCAUAAUUUAGCCACAGAGGAUCGAGAGUUUCAAAAAAUAGCUGUGGAUUAAGUUUUAUCACAAGCACAUACAGAUAACUCCUAAACUAAAGCCAACAUAAAGUGUCUUAAAAGGCCUGGGUUCUGGACCUGAACCAUGCCAGGAAUAUGCAUCCCACACCAUAACAUAUACUUUGUGUCCCUCAUUACUCAAGUGUUUCCUUUAUAUUGUCAGUUACCGGUAUGCCUCCAUCCUCCAUGUGCGUCAAAUAUACAGCUUGUUGCGUUGUGGACAUAGAAAUACAAUCCAUAGAAGGGUUUUGGAACCUCUUACCCUGGCAAUUUGACUGUUAAAUUCAUGGGUACACUAGCGUCCUGAUUUGAAUGGGAACUGCCAUCUAUGGAUUAUAUUAUAUAUGGAUUAUAUUAUAUUUCAAAAUGCAAUCGAAGGGGGGAAAAAUUACAGUUUGUAAAGCAAAUGCCUACUGCUGAAAAGAGAACACUAAACUGUCUAUAGAACCAAUGGAAACAUUUUCUCAACAACUGCGAACAACUAAUCUUGAGAUAGACUAUUGCCACGACGAACACGUCGGCCAGCAGUGGUGAGUAGCCUGUCUUUAUCUUUGACAAAACAUUAGGAGCACUUGCUCUUUCCAUGACAGAAUGACCAGGUGAAUCCAGGUGACCUGUGAUUUCUUCAACCGCCCCUGCUGCUAAGCAUGGCAGCCGGGAUGACAUAACAGGAGAGGAGAAUAUGAAUGGAAUGCCUUUAAAGUAUUUUUUAUCUCAAGCUGUGUUUGAAGAAGAGUUUGAAGAGUCUAAAACAAGAAUACAUCUGAGAAUCCUAUUGGAUGAAGAUGAUGAUGAAGUUUGAGAGGGGAAAUAGGAAGCACCAGGCAGCAUAGCAGACUAGUAUGUCCCAAUGCAGGGCAUAAGGACAGGGAAAGGGACAGAACACUGCUACCUGAAUGAGUUGAGUGGAGCUGCGGAGAGAAAAAACUGGGAUCUCACAAUGCGCUGUACCAAAGAGAAUGUAUCACAUCAAGAAUGUUGGACUGAUUUGAAUAGUGUUACAUUUCUACGGAAAAUAACAAGUACCCAUAGAGCUAAGGCACCUGUCUCCGUUGUUGAAAAUAUCCACACUGUACACAAGAAUGGUCCUUCUUCUGUGUUUUCUGCUCUGUCAAUGGAUCCUAGAGCUACAGUAACCACUGUAAGUCAAGCUAUUAGUGCUGCACUGCCUAAUGAGACAUAGAGAUCUCAAUGUCUACAGACUGACAACCUGACACUGCCUGAGAUAGCCUGAUGGUGAUUGUGUGUGUCUGUCAAUUGGUGGAUUAGGUAGAUGCCGUGGACAUUCAUUGAUCUGGCCAAUAAGGACCAAUCAGGUUGAUUCUUAUGAUUCACUAUAGGAAUGACCUGAACUGUACUGUACAGAUAUUUUCUUUUCACAUUGUCCUUUUCAGGACAGCUCCCGCAACUAUAGAUGCGCAAUCAGCCCCAGCCAGUACAGCUGGGCAGUUUGGUUCGGUUUGCCUUAGUAUUGUGAAAGAGUAUUAGAGCAAGAAUAGUAUUUUUUUUUACCUACCAGCAUCUUAGGUAUCUACUGUACUGCCUUCACAGCCAGUGAAACUGAGUGGCAAAUAGCCAUGGCCCAAUCGUCGACAGAAAGAAUCUUCAAAUGGUCUUAUAUUACAGUCUUAGAACUAAGAUGAAAUGUCAUCAAUGCUUGCCAGGGUGCGUGGGAGUUGAAAAGAGUCGCAUGCAGUCAGAUCUGAAAACCCUUAGAUUCCAAAAGUGUCCUUGAGACGUUUUUAUUUAUUACAUUUUACUGUA